CCACCACCACCCCGCCCCACCCCGCCUUCCCUCCGCUGUGAGCUCAGUAGGACAAAGUGCUGCGGACAAGGACAGAGGCCUGGGAACUGCCAUGGGUGCUGCAGGAAUGAGCCUCCUUGGGGCUCGUUGGCCCCUGCCUCUCCUGCUUCUGCUCGGCAUCGGAGCUCUGGCUCAGGACUCCCCACCCCAGAUUCUAGUCCACCCCGAAGACCAGCUGCUCCAGGGCCCUGGCCCAGCCAGGAUGAACUGCCGGGCCUCAGGCCAGCCGCCUCCCACCAUCCGCUGGCUGCUGAAUGGGCAGCCCCUGAGCAUGGUGCCCCCAGACGUACACCACCUCCUACCCGACGGAACCCUCCUGCUGCUACGGCCCCCUCCCCGGGGACAUGCCCAUGAUGACCAGGCCCUAUCCACAGACCUGGGUGUCUACACGUGCGAGGCCAGCAACCGGCUGGGCACAGCAGUCAGCCGGGGUGCUCGGCUCUCUGUGGCUGUCCUUCGGGAAGAUUUCCAGAUCCAGCCUCGGGACAUAGUAGCCACGGUGGGCGAACAGAUGGUUCUGGAGUGUGGGCCACCCUGGGGCCACCCAGAGCCCACAGUCUCAUGGUGGAAGGAUGGGAAACCCCUGGCCCUGCAGCCAGGGCGGCACUCGGUGUCCAGGGGGUCCCUGCUGAUGGCGAGAGCAGAGAAGAGCGACACGGGGACCUAUAUGUGUGUGGCCACCAACAGUGCGGGACAACGGGAGAGCCGGGCAGCCAGGGUGUCCGUCCAGGAGACCCAGGACUACAGGGAGCCCCUGGAGCUUCUGGCUGUGCGCAUUCAGCUGGAAAAUGUGACCCUGCUGAACUCGGACCCUGCGAAGGGCACGAAGCCUGGGCCUGCUGUGUGGCUCAGCUGGAAGGUAAGCGGCCCUGCUGCUCCCGCUCAGUCCUACACCGCCCUGUUCAGGGCCCAGGCUGCCCCUGGAGGCCAGGGAGCUCCGUGGGCAGAGGCCUUGCUGGCUGGGUGGCAGAGCGCAGAGCUUGGAGGCCUCCACUGGGGCCAAGACUACGAGUUCAAAGUGAGACCAUCCUCCGGCCGGGCUCAAGGCCCUGACAGCAACGUGCUGCUCCUAAGGCUGCCUGAACAAGUGCCCAGUGCCCCUCCCCAGGAGGUGACCCUGAAGCCUGGCAAUGGCAGUGUCCUUGUGAGCUGGUUCCCACCACCUGCUGAAUACCACAAUGGCAUCAUCCGCGGCUACCAGGUCUGGAGCCUGGGCAACACGUCAUUGGCCCCAGCCAACUGGACCGUGGCAGGCGAGCAGACCCAGCUGGAGAUCGCCACCCAAAUGCCAGGCUCCUACUGCGUACAAGUGGCUGCAGUCACCGGCGCCGGGGCCGGGCAGCCCAGCCGCCCUGUCUGCCUCCUUUUAGAGCAGGCCAUGGAGCGAGCUGCCCGGGAGCCCAGCGCACAUGGCCCGUGGACCCUGGAGCAGCUGAGGGCAGCCUUGAGGCGGCCAGAGGUCAUUGCCAGUGGGGGCGUUGUGCUCUGGCUGCUGCUGCUGGGCACCGUCGUGUGCAUCCACCGCCGGCGUCGAUCGGGGAUGCACCUGGGCCCAGGUCUGUACCGGUAUACCAGUGAGGACGCCAUCCUAAAACACAGGACGGAUCACAGCGACUCCCCAUGGCUGGCAGACACCUGGCGCUCUACGUCCGGCUCCCGGGACCUCAGCAGCAGCAGCAGCCUCAGCAGCCGGCUGGGAGUGGACCCCCGGGACCCUCUAGACGGUCACCGCUCCCUGAUCUCCUGGGAUCCCCGAAGCCCCGGCGUGCCCCUGCUUCCUGACACCAGCACUUUUUAUGGCUCCCUCAUCACCGAGCUGCCUUCCAGCCCCCCAGGCCGGCCCAGCCCCCAGGCCCCAGCUGUCAGGCGGCUGGCGCCCCAGCUGGCCCGGCUCUCCAGCCCCUGGCCCAGUUCAGACAGCCUCUGUGGCCGCAGGGGCCUCUCUUCUCCGCGCUUGUCUCUGGCCCCCGCAGAGGCUUGGAAGGCCAAAAAGAAGCAAGAGUUACACCAGGCCAACAGCUCCCCGCUGCUCCGAGCCAGCCACCCUACAGAGCUCUGGGCCUGUGAGGGGAGAAACAGAGGUUCUACGAACCUUCCCCAAAGCCCAGACUCUUCCACCCCAGGAGUGGUGCCCCGGGCUCUGGUUGCCUGGCGGGCCCUGGGACCACAGCUCCUCAGCUCCUCGAAUGAGCUGGUGACUCGCCCUCUCCCCUCAGCUCCCCUCUCUCCUCGUGGACCCUCCACUCAGAGUCAACAGAUCCAGCACUCGGUGGAGCCCCAAGCCCUUCCCUGCCCUGCACUGCCAGCAGCCCCCGCCCCCGUCCUUAUGCCCUCCGGUCCCCCCAGCCCCUCCAGCCCCCAGGCCUCUUCCCUCUCUGGUCCCAGCCCAGCAUCCAGUCGCCUGUCCAGCUCGUCACUGUCGUCCCUGGGGGAGGAUCAGGACAGUGUGCUGACCCCUGAGGAGGUGGCCCUGUGCCUGGAGCUCAGUGAGGGUGAGGAGACCCCCAGGAACAGUGUCUCUCCUAUGCCAAGGGCUCCUUCACCCCCCAUCACCUACGGCUACAUCAGUGUCCCGACAGCCUCGGAGCUAGCGGACGUGGGCAGGGCUGGAGGAGGGGUGGGGUCCGAGGUCAGGGGGUUGCUGAGCCCACCUCGGCCCUGCCCCACCCCCACCCCCAGUGAGGGCUCCUUGGCCAACGGCUGGGGCUCAGCAUCCGAGGACAACGCCCCCAGCGCCAGAGCCAGCCUCGUCAGCUCCUCCGACGGCUCCUUCCUCGCUGAUGCCCACUUCGCCCGGGCCCUGGCCGUGGCUGUGGACAGCUUUGGCUUUGGUCUGGAGCCCAGGGAGGCAGACUGCGUGUUCACGGACGCAUCGUCACCUCCCUCCCCUCGGGAUGACCUCUUCCUGACCCCCAUCCUCUCCCUGCCCCCGUGGGAGUGGAGGUCAGACUGGUUGGAGGACAUGGAGAAAACCCACACCCAGUGGCUGGGCAGGGGACUGCUUUCCCGGCCCCCCGACUCACGAAUCUCUUCCCAGAGAAGUCAGCUCAGCUGUCCCGCACCCAAGGCCGGCGACGCCUCCUGAACCAUGUCCUGCGACUGCCAGGGAGAGAAGCUCAGAGCCACCUCUCCCGUCAGCCGCCAGCCUGGGCUGUGGAGUGCGGGUCUCAGCCUGUGCUGCUCGGCAGUUGGGGUCCACCUUGCCCGACCACCUUGUCCCUCCGGGAUUGUGAAAACACAUGAAAGCAAAACAAAAUAUGAACAAAGGAGACCUGGAGCACCCGAGAGCAAAAAGUCAUCUCCACCUGACUCCCCCUGCUGCUUGCUCUUCCCUCUGCUCCAGCCUCUCCCACAACCAGGCCCUUUUGGCCUAAGAAGCAGCUCUGUCUCCUGAUCUCCCCACCCACCUGGAUCCCAGGAAGUGGGGGAGCCAGAGUUCUUCCUGGAGGAAGCUCAUGUGUGAGGGCUGUGGAGGAUGGAGCUUCUCAGGCCCUGCCCUCUGGACGUUCCUACAGUGGCAGGCUCAACUCUCUCCCCAGCCACACCAUGAAGGGAGGUGCAGAGGGGCGCCCCAGAGGCAGGGAAGCCCUACCUCAGUACCAAGGCGAAGGGUUCAAGACAGGGGAGGAAGCUGAAGGGAAAUGAGUGCAAAAAUGUGGGACAAAUGCACUCUCUUCAUACUGUUGUCACUACAAGCUUAAGGAAUUUGAGACCAUAAAGCCACGAUGACUUGA